ACAUUAGGAAACGGCGUGUAGUCCUGCCCAGCAGCAGCCAACAGCAGAUGACUGAGCGCGUCUCCCGUCACUGCGCUUUCACCUCCACGCGGCUGAAUGUUUGUUUAAUCCGAGCUGAAACUUUUCAGUCGACAUUUUUAUCGAGUUGCGGGAGCUUCGUGUGGGAUUAUUUCAUGGCUCGACUUUGAAACCACCCCCCCAAAACAAACAAACAAAACAACCACAACAUAAACAAAACAAAGGAACAAACCCGUUUUUGGAUCCGAGAGGCCAGAUUUAUGCUGCCCACUCAGACAGAAACACCAAAUACAUGCUCUCUGAGAACAUUUCGCAUACAGGUUUAAGCACAGCUGUCUAAAAACUGCAAUGUCAUCAAAAAUGCAGAGCUCCAGUAGCAUAGUUCAGGCCAGACGGACGGUGCAGCAGCUGAGGAUAGAAGCCAGCAUCGAGAGGAUAAAGGUGUCCAAGGCUUCAUCGGAGCUGAUGCGCUACUGUGGAGAGCACGCCAAGAAUGACCCGCUGCUAAUGGGUAUCCCUGCUUCAGAAAACCCUUUCAAGGACAAGAAGCCUUGCACAGUUUUGUAGGGAAACACCUGAACUCUUGCUUUUGAUGCUGAAUCCUAUGUGUAAAAGCUCUGCUCACAACUUGCCUUAAGGCCAGUAUACUCCUUAACUUUUUCACAUGCCUGCUUGAGUUUGAUAAGGAAUGUAGUCCUCUCUGUCUUUUAGUCAAAUAGCUGUGACACCAAAGAACGGGCAGAAGGCUGUUGCCUCUGAUCAAAGCUGCGGCUCUAACAAAGAUGAUUAAAAGUGGUGGCUUUUGUUUGUCUGCACUGUAAUCUGACAGGAUCUGGAAGGCCACAGACCUCAGCCUGAAAGGAGCUGAGAGUUGGGAGAGUUGAUGACUGUAAUUAUGACAGCACGUAUAAACAAGCCCCCUUCAAGUCAUUGGUCCAAUCAGAUUUAGGCUUUGGGUUUUCACUUCUUGCUUUCAUCAGGCUUUCAUCAGGAAACGGUUUGUAUUCUGUUCAGAAAGAGACAAUUAACAAGAUAAUGAUAUCCUGUCAGAUGAGUUAACUGUCCAAACUCUAAUGGACCUGCUUUUCCAGGAUAAACAGAAAGGGAGGUCCAUAACCACUGAUGUACUUUUUAUUGUCACGUAUUUUGACUCAGAAGAAAUGGUCUAAAAUCAUCAAAGGAGACCCAUUAUGAUCAUUUCCAGCUCCGCAUUUUAUCCUUAGACUCUACUACAGUAGUUUUAUAUGAUUUUACAAUUUAAAAUAUUCCUUAGUUUUUGUGCAUGCUAUUAUACUUCUUAUUCCCCUCCUCUUAUGCCACGUUUAAUCUGAUUGGCUGCCUCUCACAAGUAGGGGGGGCUUCUGCACCAUAGUCCAAAUUGACUCAGCAAAUUGACUGCCCCCAUCUUGGGGGGACUACCAGACAGGGGCAAGGGGGACUGCCUGAAGCUGGGCUUAAAGCAGUCUGAAGGCUGAGCUCUUAGAUCAUAGGGAUUACUUGAUCAUAUGUGUCUCUUAUAUCUAACCCUUUAUAACCUUUCCAGAGAUGCAAAGAGUUUUGUUCAAAUGUUAUUCAGAUUUUGAUUUUUUAGAUAUUUAAAAAAAUGAUGUGGUGCACUUGUACAGAGCAGUGCCAAUAUUUCAGGAUGAAUCGAUGCUUAAUUUUGCUGUAAUCUAGCUGUUUUUGCAACUUUGGUUGUAUUCAGCGGAAAGCGAUAAAAGAACACGAACAUGAUAUCUGUAAGUCUUACCAUGGAAGUACUUGGAGGAUGACACUCUUAGAUGAAGUAAACCUUAACCUUGCCAUGAAGCCAUUACUGUAGAAGAAAAAUAUUUACAGUAAUCAGUACCAUCUCAUCAGAUCUAGUUUCGCUGCUUCUGUCUGCAGACCUGAGGCUUCUUGUUUGUACACUUCAGGCACUGUGAAACCGAUGAACACCAAAUGACUGUUAUGAGUUUGAAACAUUUCAUGUUUACAGCUCAAACUUCCUUUGAUUAUAUCAUGUUGACAUAGCUGUAACUUUAUGUCAUUUGUGAGCUAUACUCUUGCAAAAACAUGAGCAACUACUUUUGUAAUUUUACCAGACAGGGCCUUAAUAAUGAAGUUAAUCCUACUUUAACCUCUUGACUACCUUUAAGUCACAUAAGUGCUGUUGUCUAAAACUGUGAAUUAUAAGAUUCUUUAGGUGAAUUAAGAGAUAUAUGGGGUAUAUCUUACUAAAGGCUUGUAACACUGUGCCCAUGUACCAGAGUAUGUGCUGACUUGUAAAUGUUCUUUUCAGGUUUCAGUCAAACCUUAA